AUGAUGAGAGCAAUGGAAAAUCUUACAAAAGUCAAUAAUACCCAGUGUAUAUCAUUUCGUCCAAGAAAUACAUCUGAUUUAUAUUAUAUUACAAUUUUUAAUGGAUCUGGUUGUUAUGCUCCAGUUGGUUCUUGGCGUAAUUAUAUCGGUAAUCGUCCUGUUUCAUUCAUGCAUGGAACAUAUGCUACUUGUAUGGUUUCAGGAAUUAUUCAACAUGAAUUAACACAUGUCUUAGGCUUUUAUCAUGAACAAUCACGACCUGAUCGAGAUUCGUAUGUGUCUAUUCAAUGGAAUAAUAUUCUUCCUGCUAAUGCAUUUAAUUUUGAUAUGUACAAUGAUUCAGAUGUUGAUACUCUAAUGACAUCAUAUGAUUAUGGAUCCGUCAUGCAUUAUGAACGUAAUGCAUUUGCUAUUAAUAGUAGUGUAGCAACAAUUAUACCAACAAAAAAUGCUAGUGCAUUUAUUGGACAACGAGUUCAAUUAAGUCCAAUUGAUAUUCUUGAAAUUCAACGUUAUUAUGGUUGUGUUCCAAUGCCAACUAAUACAAAUACAAGCACAACAACUUCUACAGCAACAACAACAACGGUCACUACUGUAACACAGAUAACUAUGACUAGUGCAACAACAACUACGGCAGUUACAACCACAACUAUAACAACAACAAAUAAAAGUAGUGUUAAUAAUCGUGGUCAUAGUGGUUGUCGACCAGCUGCACUGGUAGCAAGUGACAUAUCUUCAUAA